AUGUCGAUACUCUUUGGUGUGACCUUGGCCAUGCUCCUUGGGAGCAGGCCUGCUCAUGCUGGUUCCUUGAAAGAUAUUGACCAUGUGGUUAUCUUCAUGCAAGAGAAUCGAAGCUGGAAUAAUUACUUUGGAACGAUGGCAGGCGUUCGAGGGUUCAAUGAUCCCAAUAUACAAGUGAAUGAUGAUGGCUUAUCCGUCUGGCAUCAAAAGGUGGACCCCUCAAUGUCCGAAGAUGCAAAGACCCUUCUCCCGUGGUAUCUGGGAUACAAAGGCGGAGACUGGAAUGAUGCCAUUCAAUGUAUGGUAGCAGGAAGCAACGGCUAUGAGGACAACCAAGCAUCCCUCAACCACGACUUGAACAACAACUGGGCGCGGAACAACACCCCCUGGAGCUGGGGUUACCUUAAGCGAAAUGAUAUCCCGGUCCAAUUUGCUAUUGCGGAAGGCUGGACUGCUGGAGAUAUGUACCAAGAGUCCCAGAUCACAUCUACUAACCCCAAUCGCGUCACCUUGGUGAGCGGCUCUGUGAAUAUCCCGGGAAGCCCCCAGACGUCGGACCAAGGAGGCCCUUAUAUAGACAACAACGAAACGCCUGGGUGCGAUACGGACAACAUCAACUGCUAUCCUCUUAAAUGGAAAACUAUCUUUGAGAUUUACGAAGAGGCCGGGGUCUCGUGGCAGGUGUACCAGGAGAAGAAUAACUUUGAUGACAACCCUUUGGCUUGGUUCCAACAGUACCAGAAUGCAUCUACAUCAUCCCCUCUAGCCAAGAAGGGCCUGUCGUACCUGGGUCUCGACGCAUUUUACAAGGCCGCUGCUAAUGGAAGUCUCCCGGAGGUCAGCUUCAUCGUCGGUCCAGCCGAAUUAUCAGAACAUCCACCCUACAUGCCAAAGGACGGUGCAUGGCUUCAGAAAAAGGUGGUGGAUGCCGUGACAAAAAGCCCUAAGUACUCGUCAACUCUGUUAAUCAUUAGCUAUGAUGAAACGGGUGGUUUUGGGGACCACGUUGUCCCUUUCCACUCCCCUGAGGAUACUCCAGGUGACUGGAUGACAGACCCUACGGGAAGUUCGGAAAGAUUUAUGUUGGACCAGGUGAGCUUGAGAGUUCCAUUCUAUAUGAUAUCUCCCUGGACACGGGGCGGCCGCGUCUUCACAGAGCACGCGGAUCAUAACUCACAGAUUCUUUUGAUUGAGCAAUGGUUAAAGGCCAAAGGAUAUGAAAACGUUGAAACACCGGAAAUGGUGCAGUGGCGCCGAGAACACAUGUCAGACCUCGUGAGCGCGUUGGACAUGGACCACCCUGAUACCAGCCUGCCCACUUUGCCGGACGCAGAGGAGCCAGCCACGCUCCUGGGUAAGUACGUGGGUUCGUCCAACUGCCAAGCUAGUCACCCAACCCAGAGACCACCAGUACCAUAUGGCCAGCAAAGCAACGUCACCGAUGCCUUGUGGUUCGAGGAGGGGUACAAAGAGGUAGUAGGUUACUUAACGGAAGGUCGCUACUUGGUCUUUGAGAAAUCUGGCUAUGCGCUCACUAAUGUGGGCAAUGCCACCCGAAUUAGUAGCAGCCCCACAGGCUCGGGCUACAGGGAUAAGAAACAACGGUGGGUGAUUCAUUACUCUGGUGGUGAACAGAGCGGGGUGUUUCACAUCUCCAGUGCCCUGGACGGUAAAUGGCUCGGACCAAAAGGCACACUAUUGUCUAGCGAACAGGGUAGCCAGGCGGCGGACGUGAAAAUUACUUUUGCUGGGAAUGGCCAGGGGUAUACAUUGCAGUAUGCUGACUCGACGCCCAUCGAGAUAGACAGCAAAGGAGCAUUGGCUCUGCAGAGACGCGAAGCAUCUGAGGGGAGCUACAAGGUUUGGAGUGUAAGCUAUCAUUAG